AUGUCGCUGGCGCCGCAGUCGUACCAGCUCUCCGACUACUUGGAGAAGCUGCCCGGGACGACGUUCCGGAAACUCUACCAGCAGCCGUCGACAGCGUUUGCCAUCUUUCGCCGGAUGCUGCCGGCCCUUGCCAAGGUGUUCGUCCAGGCCCUCCUCUACAUGCCAUCGCCCAUGUUGUUAUCUGAGCUAGAUGUGUGGGUACGCGCCGAGGGCAAGAUGCAGCGCGACCGUGCCCUCUCGAUCCUACGAUCUCUACACAUAAUCCAGAUCACGCCGCCCGGCAAGGACAAGCCUCAAGAACUGCAACUUACGACCAACUUCAAAAACAGCCUGCGCCUAGCCCUCGAAGGCGGCGGGACACACAGCAGUUUUGGUGUCCCAAGCACGCUGCCCGUCGACCCCCGUAUUGACAUUGCUCAUCUCGAUAACUACGCACGUAAGAAGUGGGAGGAUAUUCUGCACUAUGUCGUCAACAGCGUCCCGGUGCAUGGCGAAGGAGGUGGUGCGGGAUCUGGUGCGGGAGGACCCAAGGCCAGCGUGAAAGACCUGCUGCUGGCGGGGCGCUUGGUCGAGCGCAGAUCCGACACGCGAGGUGGAGUCGGCAUCACACAGGCGGGCUUCACUUUCCUCCUACAAGAGGCUGGCGCGCAGGUAUGGACCCUGCUGCUGCUCUGGCUCGAGGCAGCAGACCACUCCAAAGCGCAGCAGGGCCAACAAGCCGCCGCCGCCGAGUCCAAACCCGACAGCAUCGACAUGCUCUCCUUCCUCUUCAUGCUGGCCUCGCUCGAGCUCGGGCGCGCGUACGACACGGACGCCCUGACCGAGACGCGGCGCAACAUGCUCCCCGCCCUCGUCGACUUUGGCCUCAUCUACAUCCCCCGCGAGGACACGCGCCAGUACUUCCCCACGCGGCUGGCCACGACCCUGACGAGCGGCGCGUCGGCGCUCCGCUCCGUCUCUUCCGGGUUCGCGGCCGCCACGACCAACACGUCCGGCGACACCUCCAGCCUAGGCACAACCGCGGCCGACGCGCCGAGCAGCAAGGGCUUCAUCAUCAUCGAGACCAACUACCGCGUGUACGCCUACACGUCGUCUCCCCUACAAAUCGCCGUGCUCGCCUUGUUCACACAGCUCAACAUGCGCUUCGCGGGCAUGGUUACCGGCCGGCUGACGCGCGACUCGAUCCGGCGCGCCAUCGGCUUCGGCAUCACGGCCGACCAGAUCAUCAGCUACCUGGCGGCGCACGCGCACGAGCAAAUGGUGCGUGCGGCGGCCGCGACGGGCCGCCCCGUGCUCCCGCCCACCGUGGUGGACCAGAUCCGGCUGUGGCAGCUCGAGAACGAGCGCAUGCGCACCACAGCCGGCUUCUUGUUCAAGGACUUUGACACGCCCGACGAGUACGCGGCGCUGUGCUCCUACGCCGAGGAGAUUGGCGUGCUGGUGUGGAAGAGCGACAGGCGGAAGAUGUUCUUCGCUAGCAAGAUGGAGCAGUUGAGGGACUACCUGAAGAGUCGGAAGAAGGCCGAGUGA